UUCUACGUGGUAUCUCGUAAUAAGUGGUCAGUUACGUUAAAAUGGGUUUAACUGUAGUCUUCCUUGUAGUUAACAUACUGCUGUUAAGUGUUAACGCAGAGCUGUUCUCAAAAUGUAAGCUAAGCGACUCCAACUGCAUAGUGAAUGAAGCUAACAAGUUUGUCCCCGUCUUUACCCUGGGGAUACCGGAGCUUAAAGUCAGUUCCCUGGACCCGGUGUAUAUUAAGUACAUCGAUGCUUCGACCGGCACCCUCAAAUUCCUGAUGACUGAGAACAACCUGACGGGAAUUAAGAAUUCGAAGAUAAAGUCUAUCAAGAUCAACGAGAGCAAGUCCACCAUUUCCAUCGUGUACACGGUGUACUGUCAGCUGGACGGCCUGUACGAGAUGUCGGGCAACUUGCUCUUCCUGCCAAUUAUGGGGAAAGGGCCUUUGCACACUAAAUUAGCUGGAACAGAAAUACACAUGAACCUGAAUCUGAAGGAGGUGAUGGGAGAGGACGGCAAGAAACAUUGGAGCGUAUCAUACAAGAGCCACAAAUACUUCGCCAAGGGCAAAAGCGACGUGGUAUUCGAAAACCUCUUUGAAGGGAAUGAAGUACUAGCCCAAGCAGCUCAACAAAUGAUUUCCCAGAACGGCAAUGCUAUUGUCACAGAGAUAGGUGGACCAGCAGUCAGGGCAGUAAUCGACGUUAUCAUCAACAGCAUCGAAGAGUUUCUGAAAGCUGUUCCCGCCGAAGACUUGUAUGUUGAAUAAAUUGCCAU